CUCUGAAAACUGAGAAUCUCCAUCCUUGAGAGAUUUGGGAGGAUCCUCUUUCUCCUCACAUCAGUUCUUCCGGAAGACCCCACAUGACUUCUCCAUGUUCUUUCGCCAUAACGCCCACAGUCCCCCCAAUAGUCCACGAAUCCCAAGACCCCACCAUUCCACCUCCUUCACCCCCAAGUCCGCCGGACUUACUGUUGCCAUCCCCUCCCUGUAGUCUCCAGGGUUCUGGCCCUCCCCCACCGCCACCUCCGCCCUCUGCUGUGGAAGUCGUUCCCCCUCAUGUCUACGGCCUGGAGAAGAGCCGGCUCCUGAAGGAGGCCCUGGAGAAGGCUGGCCCAGUGCCCAAAGGCAGAGACGAUGUGAGGAGGCUCCUGAAGCUGCACAAGCACAGGUUUCGAAGUGACUUGCAAUGGAUCCUCUUUUGUGCCGACCUGCCAUCACUCAUCCAAGAAGGCCCUCAGUGUGGACUGGUGGCCCUGUGGAUGGCAGGUACCCUUCUGUCGACCCCUGACAGCGUCUCUCUGGAGAGACUGGUGCAGGUAGCCAUGGAGAGAGGCUACACGGCGCAGGGAGAGAUGUUCUCUGUGGCUGACAUGGCCAAACUGGCCCAGGAGACCUUGGACUGCCAGGCUGAGCUCCUGUGUGGCGGCCUGGGUGGUCCCAACAGAGAGCGGGUCCUGCAGCAUCUCACCACUGGACACCCCUUGCUCAUCCCCUAUGAUGAGGACUUCAACCAUGAACCGUGUCAGAAGAAAGGCCAUAAGGCGCACUGGGCAGUGAGCGCAGGGGUCCUCAUAGGUGUGCAGAGCGUGCCAGCCCCUGGCUACAUGGAAGACGCUGAGUUGCCAGGCCUCUUCCACCCAGUGCCUGGCACACCCCAGCAGCCACCAUCUUUCCCAGAGGAAAGCUCCCCGGGUGCCACCUUCCUUCUCUCCAAGCAGGGCAAGAGUUGGCAUUACCAGCUGUGGGACUACAACCAAGUCCGGGAUAGCAACCUGCAGCUGACAGACUUCUCUCCUGCCAGGGCCGCGGAUGGACGGGUGUACGUGGUACCCGCCGGUGGGGUACAAGCUGGCCUCUGUGGCCAGGUCCUGUUGCUGAGACCACAGGGGUGGAGCCCUUAGCUGGGGCUGGGGCACGGGCACCUGCCCUGAAGUUACCUCUAUCACCAUUAAGAGUGCCUCACUUCGUCCCCUGCGUGACGUCUGUAGUCCAGCCUGUAUCUUGAGAACGUCCUGCAGAAACCUAUCACAGGAUCACUCCAUCUGUGGAGUCACAAGCGUGACCAUUGUCCACAGUCUAAAUUCAUUAAGGAUUAAGCACGCCUUUGGUUAAGGGAGACUUGUUUUUGUGGAGGCUUUUUUUUUUUUAAAGCAUGAUUUCUGCCUGGGAGUAGCGUCACAUGCUUCUAAACCCAGCACUGAGAAGGUAGGGAACAGGUUCUCAACCUGUGGAUCAUGACGCCUUUGGGGGUCAAACAACCCUUUCACGGGGUCUCCUAAGACCAUUGGAAAACAGAUAUUUCUGUUAUGAUUCAGAACAGCAAAAUGAUAGUUAAGAAGUAACAACAAAAAUAAUUGUAUGGUUGGUGGUCAUCAUACCAUGAGGAACUGUGUUAAAGGGUCUCAGCAUUAGGAAGGUUGAGACCCACUGAGGAAGGGAUGGGAGGAUUCUCUAUGAGUUCAGAACCAUCCUGGUUUACUCCAUGCCAGCCAGGGCUACACAGUGAGACCCAACAAAAAAACAGAUCUUAACUAUGAGCAUUGGAUGACCGCCCUAUGUAGUAGACCAGGUUGACCCUAACCUCACAGAGAUUACCUGGCUUUGCUUCCUACAUGCUGAGAUUAAAGGUGGGUUCCCCCAUACCCAACCUAGAGGAAGACUCUCCUUUUUUUUCUUUUGGUUUUUUCAAGACAGGGUUCCUUUGUAGCUUUAGAGCCUGUCCUGAAACUCACUCAGUAGAUCAGACUGGCCUCAAACUCACAAAGACCCACCUGCCUCUGCCUCCUGAGUGCUGGGAUUAAAGGUGUGCGCCACCACCGCCUGGCUGAGGAAGACUCUUGACAGUAACCCAGACCCUCAUCGUGGUCCUCCCCCCUGAAUGUGACAUCCAUUGGUCUCUCUUUGGGGGCAUCUUUUAAGACACUUUGUUUACUGGACAUCUACAAGAGCCUGGACCCCCUGUUACCCAUCUCCAAGUUUGCUCACAGGACAGGAAUGAACCCAACUCCCUUCUUGGCCUACCUCACUCAGAUACUGCUCACCUGCAUGGCAGCCAUGGUGGCCUUUGAGAAACCAAGACUAGGUGCCAACACCAGCUGUGAGCUGAAUAUGACUAUCACUCUCCCUGAGCUGGCAAGACGGCUAAUGAGUAAAAGUGCUUGCCAGGCCCGAUGACCCAGGGACCAUGUAGUGGAAGAACUGAUUCCCACUUGCUUCCUGUAGUAUAUCCGCGUUCAACACAAACUCAAAUAUAAUUUUUAAAAAUGUUAAAGCUUAUUUCCCCUAACUUUUCCAUCUUGGCUCCAGUAUCGUUUCCCCUUUAGAGUCCACAUGAGAAGAGGAAUAUGUGAGUUUUGGUUUUUUAAAAAAAGAUUAUGUAUACAGUGUUCUGCCUGCACACCGGCAGAGGGCAUCAGAUCUCAUUACAGAUGGUUGAGAGCCACCAAGUGGUUGUGGGAAUUGAACCUCUUAG